GGGAGAGAGGGAGAGAGAGAGAGAUAGAGACAGAAUGAACAGGCUUGGUGGUUGUAUUAGUAUUACUAUGAAUCUUGUAGUUUUUCUGAUCAUCAGCAUAGCCAUGGAACCUUCAACUGCUGCACGAGAGCAUCCAUUAUUGGAAAGGUACACUCGUAACAGCUUGGUAGAUAUGGCUGGAUAUGGGGAGGAGAGACUCUCAUCUGUACUAGUGGCUGGUUCACUUCUAUGUGAUGCUUGUUUAGAUGGAAAAACUGAAACUAGAUCAUGGCCCAUCUCAGGAGCAAGGGUGGCCAUUACAUGCAAAAUUGGAAGGAAAAUGAGGAAAUCAAUCUGGGCUAGGGGAAAGACAGAUGAGUAUGGAGAUUUCAUUGUUCAUCUCCCUUCACACCUCCAUGCAAUUCCAAGGUUGGAAAAAGUAUGUUUUGUAAAGGUUCUUGGACUGCCAAAAAUCUCACCUUGUGGGCAUCUUUUGCCUGGUAAACCCAAGGGAAUAAAAUUAUCAUCUGUAGGGAACGGAAUUCGCACUUAUACGCCUGGGAAGAUGAGAUUUCAAUCUCUUUAUAAAGCUUCGCGCUUGUGUGUAAAGAAAGCAGCAGAAGAUGGCAAGCAAGAGAGCUCUUGGUGAGCAGUUGUAGACAAGAAGCUAGAUUAUUACCAAGCUCAAUUAGAUGGCGCUUCUGUCACAACAUUGAGUUCAUGAUUCAAGACUUUACUCUCUGUUUAUUGUUUUAAUUGGUUUUUCUUUCUGAAGUAUCUGUAGAAAUUAUAUAGUUCAUUCCAUCAAGUGUAUUUGUUACUUUUGAGAAAGUAUGUGAAUCCAUGUACACAUCAAUGGGUGAUGCAUUUUAUAAGAGUAUUCAGAGCUCAUCUCCUCUUCCUCUUCU